GGGGCAGGCCAAGGGGAAAGGCGUUAGAAAACACCACCCACCCAACAUCUCACCAGCAGUAAAGUGGUUCUCUUCAACACCGGAAUCUAUGUAUUAACCUUUGUAUCGUCAAGAUGUCUCUUUCUAAGAAGUUAACUUUGGACAAAGUGGAUGUGAAAGGGAAGCGAGUCGUCAUGAGAGUUGACUUCAAUGUCCCCAUGAAGAAGAACCAGAUUACAAACAACCAAAGAAUCAAGGCCUCUCUCCCAAGCAUCAAGUACUGUCUGGACAAUGGAGCCAAGUCAGUAGUUCUUAUGAGUCAUUUAGGUAGACCUGAUGGUGUUCCAAUGCCUGAUAAAUACUCCUUAGAGCCUGUUGCUGCUGAACUCAAAUCCUUGUUGGGCAAGGACGUUCUGUUCCUAAAGGACUGUGUGGGUCCGGAAGUGGAGAAGGCGUGUGCCAACCCAGCCACCGGUACAGUCAUCUUGCUGGAGAACCUGCGCUUUCAUGUGGAAGAAGAAGGCAAGGGCCAAGAUCCUUCUGGAAAUAAGCUUAAAGCUGAGCCAGAUAAAAUAGAAGCCUUCCGAGCAUCCCUCUCCAAGCUAGGGGAUGUGUAUGUCAACGAUGCUUUUGGGACAGCUCACCGGGCCCACAGUUCCAUGGUGGGAGUGAAUCUUCCCCAGAAGGCAUCUGGAUUCCUGAUGAAGAAGGAGCUAGAUUACUUCGCCAAAGCCUUGGAAAACCCAGAGAGACCAUUUUUGGCUAUACUUGGUGGAGCCAAAGUGGCAGACAAGAUCCAACUCAUCAAAAACAUGCUGGACAAAGUCAAUGAGAUGAUCAUUGGGGGGGGAAUGGCUUACACCUUCCUUAAGGUCUUGAACAACAUGGAGAUUGGUGCUUCCUUGUUCGACGAAGAGGGAGCCAAGAUUGUCAAAGAAAUUAUGACCAAAGCUGGAAAGAAUGGUGUGAACAUUACCUUUCCUGUUGACUUUGUCACUGCUGACAAGUUUGAGGAGAAUGCUAAGGUUGGCCAAGCCACUGUAGCAUCAGGGAUACCUGCCGGCUGGAUGGGUUUGGACUGUGGUCCUGAGACCAUUAAGAAGUAUGCAGCUGUGGUGGGGCGAGCCAAGUUAAUUGUGUGGAAUGGACCUGUAGGGGUAUUUGAAUGGGAUGCUUUUGCUAAAGGAACAAAAGCCCUCAUGGAUGAAGUUGUGAAAGCCACUUCCAAGGGCUGUAUCACCAUUAUAGGAGGUGGAGACACUGCUACUUGCUGUGCCAAAUGGAACACUGAAGAUAAAGUCAGUCACGUGAGCACUGGGGGAGGUGCCAGUCUAGAGCUUCUGGAGGGUAAAGUCCUUCCUGGAGUGAAUGCCCUCAGCAACCUGUAGUUGACAGUGUCCCUUCCUACUUACUCUUUUCUGUCCACAGCCUUUAAGUCAACUUAGUACUUUCACAUCUCAACUCGACUUUUGUUAAAAUGAACCUUUAAAUAAAAACUCAGGCAAUAUGACCAAAGUAUGGACCGACCAUCAGAAACUCUUAACAUCAGCCCAGCAAUGCACUCAUUCUAGUUAUCCCGUGCACUUGCUUACUCUCUUCAGGUUCUCAUUUGGACUUUACCGUUGUGAUUCAUACAAAGUAAGUUACUUAUUAAAAUGAGUUGAAUAAGC